AUGUUUACCCUUCGUUCAGCCUCGUCUCUGCACUCAGUCCCACGAGCCGUUCGAUUGCCUCGCCCACAGAUUCGACACUUCCAUCCGACCAAACCAGCCUCUUUCUCCGUGAUCAAUCUUGCUUUAGACACCUCCAGCGCAUUCAUUCACGGUGUACACACUGUAACCUUCCUGCCAUGGGUCCUCUCAAUUCCCCUUACAGCCGUGAUCGUCCGUACAUUCAUUGCAUUCCCCCUCCAAAUAUUCACAAAGUUCCAUGCAUCCCGAGAAAAGCGCCUACAACCACUUCUACAAUCAUGGGCCGUCCAGAUUCAAGAGAAGACACGCAUGAUGCCCAAUGUCUUGGAGGCUAAACAAGCUUUCGAAGCCCUUAUGAAAAAACGGACCAAGGAGCUCCACCGACGCUGGGGAAUCAGCACAACCUACCGACCCGUCACGAUCCUACAGCUCCCCGUCUUCUUAACGCUGAUGGAGAGUCUGCGCGGCAUGUGCGGUAACAACAAUGGUAUUCUUCUCUGGAUACUAUCACGCUGGGAGGGAUCCAUGGAUCCUGCCCAAGCAUCCGAGUCUCUGCAUCUUACCAUCGAACCCAGUCUCGCAGCAGAGGGCGCGCUCUGGUUCCCGGAUUUGUUGGCUGGUGACUCGACGGGUAUACUGCCGGUCAUCCUGACAGCUUCUAUUCUGCACAAUGUCACAGCUAAUUGGAAGAAGAAGUCCUUUCAGUCUGUGUCUGACCUGCCCAGUUUGCAGAUGUACAAGGAGACUUCUUUCAUUGGUCUGCGGUACUUUAUUCAGGUUAUGGCUGUUUAUGUUGGUGCUGCGAGCUUUUUCUCCCAGAUGCCUGUUGCUCUUAUGCUCUACUGGAUUACGAGUACGAAUACUGCUACGUUGCAAUCUUGGUAUUUGGAGAAUAGGGUCUUCAAUGAGAGGAAGCUCAAAACAUUUGAGAAGAAAUACAUCGCGUUCGAGAAGAAGGGUGUGGAGGAUCCUUUCCAGUUGAAGAACUUGCGCUGA